UCUCAGAUGAAUUAUCUCCUAAAGCUAAAGAAAUUAUUAGAACCGAACAAGAAAGAUACACCAAAAUGCUUUUACAGUUAGAGCAAAACAGGCAUGGACAAGGUCCUGGAGCCCUUCGAUAUUCUCAACUUCUUGAGUUAAUGAUGGAAGUAAUUUAUUCCUCAAAGAAUUCUUUUAAUAUGAUUAUAUUAUUAAAUCUACUUCAAAAAAAUGAAAUUAAGUGUAUAUGGCCUAAUGCGCUACUUUCCCAGAAUGUUAAAUUUUAA